AUGGGCGACAACAAAGCAGCACGUCCUGGAAAGCACUGCCCGCCAGACGUGAGCAAGACGCAGAUACACACUAGCUUCCCACUCAGCAGAGCAGUGCUGCCCCGCCUCGGCGUUUCCUCUGGUUGGAUCUGGACCAGAGAAUGUCAAAAAGAAAUAGAAAGAGAAAAAAAAGAAUAUUAUAAAAAACAGUCAUCUUUACAAAAAGAUCUGGAAGCCAAAUACCGGGAUAUCAUAACAGAAAAUCGCCGCACAGUUGCUCAUUUGGAGCUGGAGCUUGAGAAGGAACACAACAGAACCCUGAGCUACCGGGAGGCCCUCGUGUCCCAGAGUCGCAAACUAGUGGAAGAAAGAAGGAUCCUAGAACAGGAGUGGGAGAAGUUAGAGCGGGAAAAGCAAGUCCUUUUGCACUCGGGAGCAGCAGGUAACUUGUACCAAAGUUGUCUGGCAAAGGAAGAAGAGUGGCAAAAGAGAGCCAAUAUUUUGCUGAAAGAAUUUGAAGAGGGACUUAAAGAAAGACAGGACAUCUACUGCAGUCUUGUUGUACCCAGAAUCCAGAGACUAGAAAUAGAGAAGAAUCUGCUAGUUAAAGCAGCAACUGAUCCUGUUGCUAUAGCUCUGCACAUGGAAAGUGGCUUAAAAGAUAUUUUCAAACAUGAUAACUACUGUGGCAACGUGCUGAACAGAAACAAAAGUCAAAAUGGAAAACUUAUGUGGCUGUAUCUGAAAUAUUGGGAACUAUCUAUUGAACUACAGAAGUUCAAGAGGGCAGAAAAGGCCAUGCUAGGAAAACGCUAA